CGCAAAGACAUUCGUGAACCAGACUUGUAAAGUCGUCGACAGAACGUUAUCGAGACGACAUUCUGACCAAGAACAGUCCUGUGGCUGAAGAUCAUGUCAGAGCUUCAUGCAGAGUCUCGGUUCUGCAGCCAGUAGCUUAAUGUCCAGCAAUUCAUCCGCUGCGAGUUCUCCGUCCUCGCCUGGUCGCGGGAUCACAGGGGGCUAUGAAGGCGACAGCCUCGCUGUGAAAGUCAUCAUUGCCUUCUUCCUGGGCUUGGCCAUGUACAAUGUUGUCGAGCUGCAGAUCCUGAUCUUUGGCACCUUCAGCAGAUUCCGGGGACUUUACUUCUGGAGCCUGGUGAUCUCGGGUUUGGGAAUCAUCCCUUAUGCACUGGGGUUUCUGUUCAAAUAUUUUUCCAUCCUCAAAGGCGGCGGAAAAUGGUUCUCGAUCUUUCUCCUCUCCAUCGGGUGGUAUCCCAUGGUCACGGGCCAAUCCAUUGUGUUGUGGUCACGACUACAUCUCAUCGUCACUGGAGAGAAGGGCGACAAGAUUCUCCGGUGGACGAAAUGGAUGAUCAUUGUCGACGCAAUCUGCCUGCAUAUACCUACAACGGUGCUCACUAUCGGCUCAAACAGCGACACCAACACUCAAACGUUUGUACGAGGUUAUAAUGUCAUGGAGAAGGUGCAGAUGUGCGGCUUUUUCAUCCAGGAAGUAAUACUUUCCACCGUUUACAUUGUCGAAACCGUUCGCAUCCUUCGCACAUCGGUCCAGGAGAAUACCCGACGACUGAUGUAUCAGCUCAUGGCAAUCAACAUCCUCAUCAUCAUCAUGGACCUUGGGCUUCUCGGCCUGGAAUGCGCAUCGCUUUACAUUCUCGAAACCACCACCAAACCCGUUUUCUACUCCAUCAAGCUAAAACUGGAAUUCGCCAUCCUCGGAAGGCUGGUCACAUUCGUUGAUGGUCCAAGACAAAACAGUAAUCGCGCCUCAAUACCAUUCACCGAUUCUGGCGAGAAACGAAAUUCGUCGGCCCUGAGCCGAGUCGACGAGAACGACGUUUCUCAUUUUGUCGAUCUUACAAAGAUCAAGAGCGAUGUCACGCGGGCCUCGCAUCCAGGUGGAAAGAGAAGUAGUUCAAUACACCACAACAGGGAGGACUUCGAUCUUGAUCUCGAAAUUGCAAGGUUGGAGCACGUUGAUACACUACCAUCGCAAAAUCGAGUGCCUAACGGUCAUGCUACGGGCCCCGAUUAAGCUGGCUCAAAGAGUUGAUCAGGUAGAACGAAUUUCUCGAAAGCAAGAGUGCUACCGGUACGGUUUUCCGGAACAUUGUACAAAGUUGUGUGUGCUCAGACUCCGCAUAUGGACAAGAGUUUCAAAGAUAUGCCCUGGCUGCAGUAACCACUUCAUGAUGCUGGCAUCCUCAAUACAAGGAAAUAAAUUGAUCGACGAAAAGGUACCUGCCAUGUCCUUUUCAAGGCGACAAACAUCAACAGCACUACAAAAGCUUCAUCGAGUCCACCAGCAUCAUGCCUUACUUGGACUCCUCCCCUUGAAGAAAUCCUUCAUCGAGUCAGUAAUGCUCAUUCUCCGACUAUUCCAACUGCUAGACGGACUACCACCAGCCAUACUCGAGGCAAGACUCUCGCGUCGCUUAUUGAUGCUAGCCAAACUCUGUCUGCGAAUGUUCUCGUUGUUUUGACGGGCUUCGUCAAUCUCAGCUUCGGUGGGCUGGUAUUUAUUGCCAAAUCCGCCUGCCAUACAAUCAGUCAAACUGCCCCGGCCGUCUUACUGCCGAAGGAGGACAUAAAACCUACCUCUACCUGUAUGAUAACCUUCAUCGACGAGAACGAUGCCCGGCGCUUGCAUAUCAUACAACAGCCGAGACGUCUCUUCAGCCUCACUUUGCUUUUCCAGCUGGCUUGCCGUUGUGAUGUUCCCUGAGCCGCCGAUGCCUGUGCUGAAUCUGCGCGUGCCGAAACCCUGUCGGAAGGACUGCGAAUCGGCUGAAUAGCUAGGACGUCGGGUCUCUUUCGUGGAGGAGCUUGUUAUAUUCCCUGGGUCAAUGGUUAGCGUGGCAUUCUCGUGAAUGUGGGGGAAGAAGAGAAGCAGUCGUACCUGCGCCACCUCGUCCAACGUGGAUGAAGACAUCUUCAGCAGUACUAGUGACCAUGUUUGCUGCGUACAGCGUUAUCUUGACUGGCCUAUACAAAGAUCAGACCUGAAGAUGAGGUGUUCGGCCGCAAACAGAUAUGCUGAAGACGACGUUUGCGCAGAAAUCCGACAGGACAGUACAGUUGAAAUAUGCUUGGAGAGGAAUAUGUCCUGAGAGGCCGUCAAGCCACAUAUAUCGGCACCGGUUGGAAGAUGGAGAUGCUGCCAUGGACCUGACGACAUCUUCGUGUAGUGCACCGGGAACGACUGCACAAAGGCAUCUCGUUACUGGCUCACAGAAGCCAGAGAUAAGACUCCCCAGGACAUAAGUAUAUCAGGCCAAUAGGGUGGAAAGAAGGCGUGAAGAUAGAGGACGCCAGGAGCAUUGCCUUCGAGAUGCGUACCCCGGAUUCCCACCUCCAUCCAGGCCAGACCUGUUCAAGAGCCAGCACCCAUUGGUUCUGCCCCCGCAGAAUAGAUAAGCUCAUAGGUUAAGAGCGAUAAGAUCUACCAAGCUUUUGAUAAGCUCCGCUUCUGCAACUGGAGGACCUGUGAGGAGCACGGCAUCGUACGGUAUCUGGAGCCGUCGUUGUGGUCCAGAAAACCCCGGGUGGGAUCAUGGGUUUGGCCCUUCGACGUCACCGGCGAGACCUCAGGGUCAGGUCACUUUCUGGACAGCUUGACACAUUCACGUCCGCAGACAGCGUCGAAAAUCGAGCAUGCACCCUUGGGUGUGGGCCUGUUGGUGGUGGCUUCGACAACCCAAAUUUGAGGCAACCAUGCCGAGCAUGAUGGAUGGUAUCGGUCGACUGUCAGCGACCUAGUCAUGCGGCGACUUCCGCAGGUGGGUAUCAAGACAAAGAGCAGACGGAGGGAAAUCAGUCUCGAGCAUCCUACCGCUUUCACAUAUCGCACCAGCCCCAUGGGGAGAAACGGCUCAUGCCAUGGCGUGCGACGUCUUAACCUCGAACACUGUGCCUGACGGCACGACUUGAGCCGUUGCUGGCAGGUAUCCCGCUUCUGGGUCGAUGGUCGACGCUGGAGAUCUAGAGGCAUUGUCACGGUGCCCUCUUUAUUCAGUGUUGUAGGUGUGUUCUGUACAUCGUCUGAGCUCCUUUGAACUAGGAGGUGAUUCUCAAGAAGCUAGUGCGCCUGAGAAGGAAGCUUCUUCCUCUGCUUUCCGGCAUCCCGGACAUCCUUCAGUUUGGCUGUCAACGUCUUGUUCCCGAGAUCCGGUCAAGAAUGGAAGGCUUGCGCAUUAUCAGUGCGGCAAUACGAAGGUUCACGACAUUGUCUGCACACCAUCAGCAUACCCGACGAAGGCAUUCAGCAAUUCUCAAGAUCAUCAGGAGCCCGUGAUCAGGUAUAGCGCAGGCUCGUGAAGGAUUCGAGUCUCCUGUUUCGACUUCUGGCUUCUCCCGAAGUCAUGUUGAACCCGUUUUACAAGGAGAUCGCCAGCGCAGAGCCUUUGCCAGCUCGCCAGUAACGAAGUUGCGUAGAUGGCAAGACUGCUCAACUGCGCGCGGCGGCAGACGCCGUCUGCUCGGAUGCAGCAGGCCCUGAUCAUGCGGGAGGUCAUGCACUGAACCCUUUUUGUUCGACCGCGUGGCGCAGUCAUUCUUGUGGAAGGGAACCAGAACAUUGCGAGACAUGUCGACGACGAAGCAUGUCAAUCCAACUUCAAUGCGAGAUUCCGGAACUUGUUCAUGUACACCAAGCUAAUUAGUCUCCAGAUAGCAAUUCAUGCCCCUGGCUGGCGCUUUUGCUGCAACUCCGACGGUAUGGAUCUGCACCAUCCACUUCAUGGAACUCCAAGAUGCCUAGCGUUGUACUCAGUCACGGCCGUCCAUUGUCUCUUUUGAGCAAAGUCUCCCUAUCGAUGUUGAUCUUUACCCUGACGCCCGGAGAUGAGCCUAGCGUGUACCUGGUUGGGACGUGCUUGAUGAAGAGCUGUCAUGUGGAAGGCUCCUUACUGGAAUGUUCUAGGAGAGUGCAUACGUACGGAAGUACGGAAUACAGUA